AUGUGCUUCCACUCCUACCCAGUCUGGCUCGAGGAGCUGCGCGAGAGCUCCCAUGAUUUCGUGGAUUGCGCUGAUCAAGAGCCCUGGUGCUGCAAAGGCUGGCAGAGGCUGCUGCACGACCUCAUCGGCCGUGAAGGCCCGUCCCUUGAAAUAGUUUGCGUGCCAAUCGCUGGCCUGGCCAUCCUUUUUUGGCCACUGGUGGUGGUUGGGAGCGUUUUGUUGGCUAUCGUCUUGAGCAUUUUCGUGGGCCUCUAUGGCACAAUCAUUGUCUCCAGGAGAAAUCAUUUCAAAGGGGAGUUUCAUAUGUUGUGGCCAAUGUUGCAGAACUCAAUGUACACCAAUGAUUGGCUUUACAUCCGUGAAGGAAUAAUUCUCCCAAAGCCUUUCUACAGAAAGGGGAAACCAUCCAACUUCAGAGUUCUCAGUCAGAACAAAUGCCUCUGUCAAAGUGAAGCACCAGCAAUGUUGGUUCUGGAUUUGGCUCCUGCAAGAUCAGUAAGAGAGGCUAUACAAGAAGUCAAAAUGGUACAUGACCCUCUAUUAAUUGGCUGUGAUGUCAGAAAUGACUUCAGAAAUGAUGAAAAUAUUGAGCAACAAAGAAGUAAUUCAAGUAAACCCAGGUCCUCUUGGAGUUCAAGGAAGAAAAAUUUUAUGACAGGGAAAAUGCGGAUGCUGCGAGGUGUGGGCUGGCUCCCUGUCUGGAAAUUGGCUUGCUGUUACUUUGUGGAACCGUUGUUUGGACACUGCUAAUAUUUGCAAUGAAAUUGCCAGUGGUAGCCAGUAGGCCUUGAUGAAUCAGCUGCCUAUUCUGUUAGAGAUAUGUGGAAGCUAAAGCAAAUAGUUUCAAUUGUUAUCAGGUGCCUCUUUACUUUGAAGCACACCAGGUCAAAGGAAAAUAGUUUUCAUUGGAAUUUAUUUUUUCCCCAUCAUGAAACUCUAUCAGAAAAUGUUGUUGCAACGUUUGGCCCUAAAGUUUACAUGCUUGACACAAAGAUUUAUGUUUUUUUCUCGUGCCAUCAGUGUCGCUUCAAUUUGAUUAAUGGCAAUAAACUCCAUGUGUUUCCCUGUA